CUUGUUAUUAGAUAUACCGCCCCGCCGUACAGCGAUCUCACUCGCUAGACGUACCAACUUCGCCUUGCCGCCACUUUACUCAUGAGUGGCCUAACAGGCGAUAAAGGGACCGUCACCGUUGUCCUCGGUGCCCAAUGGGGUGACGAGGGCAAAGGCAAGCUCGUCGAUAUCCUCUCGAGCGAGUUCGACCUCUGCGCGCGCUGCGCAGGCGGUAACAACGCCGGUCACACCAUCGUCGCUCCGGGCAAGGACGGCAAACCCGUCACAUACGCCUUCCACCUUCUGCCUAGCGGUCUUGUCAACCCGUCGUGCGUUGGAAUCAUCGGAUCGGGCGUCGUCGUGCAUCUGCCAUCGUUCUUUGAAGAGCUCGACGAGCUUGAGAAGAAAGGUCUGGAGUGCAAAGAGCGUAUUUUGGUUUCCGAUCGCGCCCAUCUCGUCUUCGACUUCCACCAGAUCGUCGACGGUCUCAAGGAAGUAGAGCUCGGCGGGUCGAGCAUAGGCACGACCAAGAAGGGCAUCGGCCCGGCUUACUCGGGAAAGGCGUCUCGUUCCGGAUUGCGCGUGCACCACCUCUUCGACAAUGAUACGUUCCCAGAGAAGUUCCGCAAGGUCGUCGAAGGGCGGUUCAAGCGGUACGGAAACUUCGAGUAUGAUACCGAAGGAGAGAUUGAGCGGUAUAAGGGACUCGCCCAGCGUCUAAAGCCUUUCGUCGUUGACUCCGUCGCACAUAUUCACAAGAGUCUCUCUGAAGGCAGGCGCGUCCUGGUGGAGGGUGCUAAUGCGCUCAUGCUCGACAUCGACUUUGGCACCUACCCCUUCGUCACCUCGUCAAGUACCACUAUCGGAGGCGUACUCACCGGCCUCGGAAUACCCCCUCGUCGAAUUGGAAAGACAAUAGGUGUCGUCAAGGCGUAUACCACUCGUGUAGGCGGUGGGCCGUUCCCUACCGAACAGCUGAACGACAUCGGGAAUCACCUCCAAGAAGUCGGCCGUGAAUGGGGCGUGACGACUGGUAGAAGGCGACGCACUGGCUGGCUGGACCUCGUCGUGAUGCGUCACUCGUGUCUUGUAAACGGGUACGACACGCUCAACCUUACCAAGCUCGAUGUGCUCGACGACCUCGAGGAGGUAAAAAUCGCGGUCAAGUACAUGGUCAACGAUCUAGAGCUGCCGUAUUUCCCUGCUGAUCUCGAAGAUCUGUCCCAAGUCGAAGUCGUGUACGUUACUCUGCCCGGAUGGAAGACGCCCAUCACGGAUGUGCGGACGUUCGAAGACCUCCCGGACAACUGUAAGAAGUACAUAGGAUUCAUCGAGCGAUUCCUCGAAACCCCCGUCGAGUGGAUAGGUGUUGGCCCGGGUCGGGAGAGUAUGAUUCGGAAGACGGGGAGAGUAGAGGGGUAGGUCUAACAUUUGAUGUGCGUUAGAAGAGGUAAAAUUAGAUGGCGAUUGUAUAAGUAGACAAAUCAGUUUUGAGCGUUUACUUCUGGUUGGAUUUCGUCACUCGGUAUCGUCACUUGGCAAAAGGAGAUUUAACCUUACUGUUGCAAUAAAUCUUAGCAACGUACUAUGCACAUAUUACAAAGAAGGUCUUUGAAUGCG